AUGGAUGACGAUAUCGCUGUGCUCGUGGUUGACAACGACUCCGGCUUGUACAAAGCCGGCUUCACGGGCGAUGAUGCUCCCAGGGCCGUCUUCCCCUCCAUCGUGGGCCGCCCUAGACACCAGGGCAUGAUGGUGGCCAUGGAACAGAAGGACUCCUCCGUGGGCAACAAGGCCCAGAGCAAGAGAAACAUUCUGACCCUGAAGUACCCUAGUGAACACGGCAUUGUCACCAACUGGGACGACAUGGAGAAGAUCUGGCACCACACCUUCUACAACAAGCUGCGUGUGAUCCCCGAGGAGCACCCUGUGCUGCUCACUGAGGCCCCCCUGAACCCCAAGGCCACCCGUGAAAAGAUGACCCAGAUCAUGUUUGAGACCUUCAACACCCCAGCCAUGUACGUAGCCAUCCAGGCCCUGCUGUCCCUGUAUGCCUCUGGUCGUACCACUGGCAUUGUGAUGCUCUCCGGAGACGGAGUCACCCACACUGUGCCCAUCUAUGAGGGCUAUGCUCUUCCUCAUGCCAUCCUGCAUCUAGAUAUGGCUGGCCGGGACCUGACAGACUACUUCAUGAAGAUCCUGACCGAGUGUGGCUACAGCUUCACCACCACAGCUGAGACGGAAAUAGUUCAUGACAUCAAAGAGAAGCUGUACUACGUUGCUCUGGACUUCGAGCAAGAGAUGGCCACUGCUGCAUCCUCUUCCUCCCUAGAGAAGAGCUACGAGCUGCCUGAUGGCCUGGUCAUCACUAUUGACAACGAGCGGUUCUGUGCCCCUGAGGCUCUUUUCCAGCCUUCCUUUCUGGGUAUGGAAUCUUCUGGCAUUUACGUAACUACAUUCAAUUCCAUCAUGAAAUGUGACGUCGACAUCCGCAAAGACCUCUAUGCCAACACAGUGCUGUCUGGUGGCACCACCAUGUGCUCAGACAUUGCUGACGGGAUGCAGAAGGAGCUCACUGCUCUGACUCCCAGCACCAUGAAGAUCAAGAUCAUUGCUCUUCCGGAGCCCAAGUACUCUGUGUGGAUCGGCGGCUCCAUCCCGGCCUCCCUGUCCACCUUCCAGCAGAUGUGGAUCAGCAAGGAGGAGUACGAUGGGUCCGGCCCCUCCAUAGUGCACCGCAAAUGCUUCUAGGCAGACUCUGACUGAGCUGCGUUUUACACCCUUUUUUUUGACAAAACCUAA